UGUGGGCGGGCGCGGGGCGGGGCGCGCAGAGCGGCGCCGAUGGCGGAGCGGCGGGUGUCCCGGUGGUACUUCGGGGGGCUGGCGUCCUGCGGCGCCGCCUGCUGCACCCACCCGCUCGACCUGCUCAAGGUCCACCUACAGACGCAGCAGGAGGUGAAGAUGCGCAUGAUGGGGAUGGCGCUGCGCGUGGUCCGCACCGACGGCUUCCUGGCUCUGUACAACGGGCUCAGCGCCUCGCUGUGCCGGCAGAUGACGUACUCCUUGACUCGCUUUGCCAUCUAUGAGACUGCGAGGGACCGCUUGGGCCAGGGCAGCCAGGGGCCUCCCCCCUUCUACCAAAAAGUGCUCCUGGGUGCAGUGGGAGGUUUCACCGGCGGCUUUGUGGGGACCCCGGCAGACAUGGUGAACGUCAGGAUGCAGAACGACGUCAAGCAGCCGGCCCACCUGCGGCGAAACUAUUCCCAUGCCCUGGAUGGCAUGUACCGCGUCCUCCGGGAAGAGGGCUUGAAGAAACUGUUCUCAGGAGCUACGAUGGCAUCCAGUCGAGGGGCCCUAGUCACUGUUGGGCAGCUUUCCUGUUAUGACCAAGCCAAGCAGCUGGUUCUCACGACUGGGUUGCUGUCAGACAACAUCUUCACUCACUUUCUGGCCAGCUUCAUUGCUGGCGGAUGCGCCACAUUCCUGUGCCAGCCCCUGGACGUGCUCAAGACGCGCCUCAUGAACUCCCAGGGCGAGUACCGGGUGAGUGCCUGUCCUGCCCCCCUGGCUGCUGGUCCCGUCCCCUCGGUGCGGCGGCCUCUGCUGCCGGGCACCUCGUCACCUCUCCUCUCGCUCCAGGGUGUCACCCACUGUGCCAUGGAGACUGCCAAGCUCGGGCCCCUCGCCUUCUACAAGGGCUUCGUUCCCGCUGCCAUUCGGCUCGUUCCUCACACCGUCCUCACCUUUGUCUUCCUGGAACAGCUGCGCAAAUACUUUGGGAUCAAAGUGGUCACCUGAGGGAGGGCUGGACCCUGCCUCGCCCUGGGGGUGAGCGUGCAGGUCACCACCGAUAUCCCAGAACCCUUCCCCGCUGUCCGGGGCCGGGGCUGUUCCCACUCCCCUCAUCCCCACUCCCGUGCCUUGCCAGGGCCUGUGGCCGGCCAGUCCCAGGCUCCCCUUCCCUCACUCCCCCCUGUUCUCAGCAUCUCCGUUACCUCUGGGAUUUCCUUAGGCCUCAUCCCCUCUGCACUCUGCUUUUUUUUUUCUUCAUCUUCCCACUGGCCACCAGGUCUGCCCCUGCCUCCCCGCAGAGCUGGCUGGAGAGGCGAGCUCAGCAAGGGGCCCUCAGCUCUGCCCCCACAACCUCCCUGGGGCCGGACGGCCUUGUCCCGGGGCGGAUGGGGAGCAGCCCUGUGCCUCUGCCUGGCUGCAGUCUGAAGGGGCAGGGGCUGGCGGGGCCCCUUCUGCUUGUGACAACCCUGCAGCCAGGGCCUGUGCAGGGCCGCAGUGCCAGCGCUCGUUGCUCCCAGCCCCUCCUGCAAGCAGCAAGGGGGGGGGACGCAGGUUUAGCACAAGGCACCGUCCCCUCUUUGGUGCCUCUGGCCCCCCACGUUCCUCUGCUGGCCCCGCGCAGGCCAAACUCUGCCUCCUCUCACUGCUGCUCCGCUUCCCGACCUCCCCGCACCCCCUGCUUCCGCUCAGCCAAAACUCGCCAGCGCCCGACGGCCGCUGCGCUCUUCAGGGAUUGUGCCUUAUACCAAUGACGACAGAACGGGUGCGGGGGGCGCGGGGCAGCCGCUUGGCCAUGCUGCCCUGCUGGGGCCCUGCCCGUGACCGCACUGCUGCCAGCCCCUGCCACAGCCGGGGCCAGGCCCUGCAUGCCCGUGGGUCCCGUGGCCUCGGGACAGCAUCCGGCAUCCAUCCAGCACCUCCGCAGCCUCGCCAGCCCCGCUGUCUCUCACACUGCAGCCGGGGCAGACCCCAGCCCCACGUGCCUCCCGCGCACCCUCCCUGCCUGACGGCCGCCUCGCCCCUGCACGGUGGGCUGCGGGCACCAGCCCUCUGCCACGUGCAGCCCUGCGCAGGGUGGCUCUGAGGGAUCAAAGAACUGGAAUGUCUGUGACCUUAAUGUAUGAUAAAUAAACAGCGGAACAAACACGGGGA